AUGACGAAGUACACUCCUGGCUCUAAUCUAAUGUCUACUUUUGUGAUUGACAGCUAUUUGUUACUUUAUAACCUCAAAAUGCAGGCUCAUAACCUCAAAAUUCGUGAUCAUAACCUCAAAAUUCAGGAUCAUAACCUCAAAAUUCAGACUCAUAACCUCAAAAUUCAGGCUCAUAACCUCAAAAUUCAAGAUUAUAACCUUAAUCAAGAUCAUAACCUAAAACUUCAGGAUCAUAACCUCAAAAUUUAG